GGAAAGGAUGUCGAACGACGCGGCGAGAAAGAAGAAGGUCGCCAUCGCGGCGGCCAGCGCGUUGAUCCUGGUGGUCGCCGCCGUCGCGGUGGUCGCCGCCGUCACCAAGAGCUCUAGCGGGAGCGGGGACGCGCAGGGCGAGACGAAGCAGGUUUCCGCCACCAUGAAGGCCAUCCAGGCCAUGUGCCAGCCGACGGACUACAAGGAAGCGUGCGUCAAGAGCCUCGAGACCGCCGGGCCGAAUGUUACCGACCCUAAGGAGCUCAUCAAGGCGGGGUUCAACGUCGCCAUGAAGAAGAUCUCCGAGGCGGCCGAGAAAUCGGUCACGUUGAAGGAGCUCGCCAAGGAUCCUAGGACCUCGCAAGCCCUCGAGAACUGCAAGGAGCUGAUGGAGUACGCCAUUGACGACCUCCAGAACUCUUUCGACAAGCUAGGAGCCCUGGACAUGAGCAAGGUCGACGAGUUCUUGGCAGACUUGAAAACCUGGCUCAGCGCGUCCAUUACCUACCAGGAGACUUGCUUGGACGGGUUCGAGAACGCCACCGGCGACGCGGGCGAGAAGAUGAGGAAGGCCUUGAACUCCACCGCCGAGCUGACCAGCAACGGGCUCGCCAUGGUCACCGAGAUCUCCUCGGUCCUCACGAACCUGAACCUCAACUUCUUGAGCGGCAACCGCAAGCUCCUCCAGGAUACCGAGGUCGAGGUCCUCGGGCACGGCGAGUUCCCGCUGUGGAUGGACCCCGUCAAGCGGAGGUUGCUCCAGGCCAAGGUCGGGGCGGACCUCAAGCCGGACCUCGUCGUGGCCAAGGACGGGAGCGGCAAGUACAAGACCAUCACCGAGGCAUUGAAGGACAUCCCGUUGAAGAGCAACAACACGUUCGUGCUGUACAUCAAGGAGGGAGUCUACAGAGAGCAGGUGAUCUUCGACAAGAAGAUGACGCAUUUGGUGGUCAUCGGAGACGGACCGACCAAGACAAGGAUCGUCUAUAACAGCAACUACGUUGAUGGUGUCAACACCUUCAAAACCGCCACCGUUUCCGCCCUCGGGGACUACUUCUUCGCCAAGGACAUCGGGUUCGAGAACGACGCGGGCGCGAUCAAGCACCAGGCCGUGGCGUUGAGGGUCCAAUCCGACUUCUCCGUCUUCUACAACUGCCACAUGGACGGGUACCAGGACACCCUCUACACCCACGCCCACCGACAGUUCUACCGCGACUGCACCAUCACGGGCACCAUCGACUUCAUCUUCGGCGACGCCGGCGCCAUCUUCCAGAACUGCAAGAUGCUCGUCCGCAGGCCGUUGGAUAACCAGCAGUGCAUCGUCACCGCCCAAGGCCGGAAGGAGAGGCGCCAGCCCUCGGCCAUCAUCCUCCAGAACUGCACCAUCUCCGCCGACGCCUCUUACCUUCCCGUCAAGGACCAAUUCAGGUCCUUCCUCGGCCGCCCGUGGAAGCAGUACUCGAGGACCAUCAUCAUGCAAUCCUACAUCGACGACAUCAUCCAGCCCGAGGGCUGGCUGCCUUGGCUCGGAGACUUCGGCCUCAAUACCUGCUUCUACUCCGAGUUCGGCAACCGCGGGCCCGGAUCGAGCACGGCCGGCCGCGCCAAGUGGAGGGGCGUCAAGACCAUCACCGCGGAGCACGCCGCCGACUUCACCGCCGGGAGAUUCUUGCGCGGCAGCGCCUGGAUCCCGAAAUUCGGCGUCCCGUUUACCGCCGGAAUGGUGGCCGUCUAAACUGAAACUCUCCCUAAUCCUGCGGUUGUUCCAUAACUACAUAUUCUUGGGUCGUCAUUGGAGGUGUCUUGGUUUUUGGUUUUUCCUUCCUCGGGUGUAUCGGAAAUGAUCAAUGAUGUAAUAACUAUUACACAUGAUUCGAAGUAAUAUACUUCUCUUCCCGUGCCUCA